AGCCCCGGGCGGCACGCGGGCAGAUGGAGCGGCGCGGCCGUUAAACGGCUGCCUCGACGGCUCCGCGGCCGCUGCUGCCGGCAGGGGCUGCGGGACCUGCCCGUCCGGCCGUGCCCCGCCAAGCAGCGGCUGCAGCGCCAGCCCCGCGCCGCGGGCAAUUCCCGCAGGGACGAGCCGCAACCUGCCCGCGGCGUUGCCGUCCCGGUACCUCUGCCGGGCUGCGGGACCUGCCGGGAUCGGCGCCUCCGGCAAAUCGCUGCAGAGUUCUGUGGCUGUGCCCAGCACUAGCACAAUGAAGAGGAAACUGACUGUGCAGCUUGCAACAAUGGAGGGCUCAAGGGGGAAAUCCAGCCAUGCUGUUCUGAGCUGUAGCAACCAAUUAAAAACUUGAUGCUUCACCUGAAUUCUCUCCUGAGAAGAAAAUCUAAGGCACCACCUCCUCCAUCUGAAACAAAAUCCAUUGCUGUUUCUCCAUUUGAUAACACAGAGCCAACCAACGUCAUCAUGGAACAGAAAGAGAAUGUAAUCGAUAAAGAUAUUGAAUUAUCAGUGGUCCUGCCAGGAGAUGUGAUCAAGUACACUACAGUGAAUGGGAGGAAGCCCAUGAUGGACUUGCUGAUCUUUCUCUGUGCACAGUAUCAUUUAAAUCCAUCAAGUUAUACCAUAGAGUUGGUAUCAGCAGAAAAUACCCAGAUUAAAUUCAAACCCAACACACCAGUGGGAAUGCUUGAAGUAGAAAAGGUGAUUGUAAAGGCAAAACAAAUUGAUAAGAAGAAACCUGCUCCAGUUGUACCAGAGCAAACUGUAAGGGUAGUGAUAAACUACAAGAAGACACAGAAAACAGUAGUAAGAGUUAGUCCACAUUCACCCCUUCAAGAACUGAUAUCAAUUAUCUGCAGCAAAUGUGAGUUUGAUCCUUCACAUACUCUACUACUGAGGAGUUACCAGUCUCAAGAACCCCUUGAUAUGACAAAAUCUCUUAAUGACCUUGGACUAAGAGAACUGUAUGCCAUGGAUGUCAGUCAAGCCACAUCACCAGUUGAGUUAAAUCUACCAUCUUUUCAAGGGUCCUACCAGUCUGAAAACAUAGAUGUUCUGAAGGAGAAAGAAAACAAAGGAUUUUUCAGCUUUUUUCAACGAAACAAGAAGAAAAGAGAACAAGCUGCCAGUGCCCCAGCAACUCCAUUGAUGAGCAAGCCAAGGCCAGCAUUCAUCACGAGGUCUAACACUGUCAGCAAGCAGUACGACUCCAGCACUCUGCCGGCGGAAAUGCCCAAGAAGCGGAGAGCUCCCCUGCCCCCCAUGCCCAGCUCGCAGAGCGCUCCCCAGGAACUCGCACGAGCCCAAGGCACACCUGCACCUGAAAUUGUGAAAUCCAACAGCUUUGAUAGGAAUGAACAGGCCCCUGUGGGGUUGGUGCGGAAGGGUUCCCUGCCGCUCAGUGACACCGCUGCCGUGAACUCCUCGCUGCGCAGGACGAAGCGCAAGGCGCCCUCGCCACCCUCCAGAGCACCAGAAGAUCAAAGGGAAAGCAGUAAUGAGCCUGUAACAGAGUCAACAGAAUCAGCCUCCACUAAAGUGGAAGGAAGAGCCACUGAAAUGCAGCUUGAAACAGAUGUUAGGAGCUCAGAAUACAACCUGGAAGAGAUUGAUGAAAGGGAGGAGAUAGGCGUGCAACAGGGAGAGGACAGUGGAAGUACCAACACCUCUCCUGGGACAGGAGAGGUUACUGCAGCCUUCAGCUGUGCUGAGGUAUCCCUGGGAAAUGACAAAAAUGAUCCUGCUUCAUCAGCUCCUGCUUCUGGCAGUGUUCCCACAGACAACACACAAAGCUUCGAGGAAGAAAAACAAGAAAAUAUGAGCACAGAUGGCAAAGGACCACAGACUAAGAUAAGCACCGAGGAUGCUGGAUUUCAAACAGAUAGGAAGCUUGAAAUUUUAGAUCAAAAUAAAAAUGUUGAUCACAGUGAUACAAAACUCCUUCCAACAACAGAAGAAGGGAAAGAACUUCAGACAGCUGAAAUUAAAACAGUAGAUUUUCAAGAGAAUAACAAGCUUGAAAUUGACAGACUAUCAAACUGCCAGGCAUGUAAAAAUGACAUCUCUGUAAGUCAUAGGAAUUAUCCUCAACUGAUUUCAGAAAAGCAAGAUGGUAAAACAAAUGCAACUGGCUUGGACACAGUAAAAACUCAGGAUGUUGGAAUCCAGACUUCAGAUAGCAAUUUGGGAAGGACUGAGCAGAAGGAAAUUACUGUUCCUCAGGGUGUCGAAUCAUCCACAUUUAGAGAACUGGCUCCUCAACACAACAGAGAUAAGAACAACUCCCUUCCUCAAGUGAUGCAUGGAAUGCAUGAAGAGAGUGAAGAUACUUCAAUAGAACAAAAUCUUGAGACACAAGAAGUUACUCAUAAAAAAGUAAUUCCAAUAAAAGACCAGAGUCACAUCUAUAUAAAUGGCAGUGAUUUUGCUUCACCAGAAACAACUGCUGAAACUCCAGAUGACUCUCCUGUAAAAGGUCAGCUUUUUUAUAGACCGGACACCAAACCUAAACCCAAACCUGCUAAUGAAAUUACAAGGGAUUACAUACCAAAAAUUGGGAUGACUACUUAUAAGAUAGUUCCUCCAAAAUUCUUAGAAAUGAUGAAGAGCUGGGAAUCAGAAGUUCUAUCAGAUCAUAAGAAUCAAGAGGUAUCUUCUUUGGAAGACCCCAAAGAAUUCAUAGUGCAAACUGAAAUUCCUCAUCUGUCAAAAAGUGUGGUCCCUUUACAGGUUGGGUCACAAAAUGAAACUGCAGCAGCAAAUGGUCUGCUGCAGAGGGUGAACAGCAUUUCUGAGCAUACUGUGACCUCUGGAGCUGAGAUUACUACUGAGAGCAACCAGAUGGAUAAAGAGUCUUUCAGGCAGCCUGUCCCACUGAUGCUAAACUUGGAUAAUACAAAUGCUUCUUCUGAGACUCAGGACAAGUCAAAUGCAUUAAGUCCUACCAUGAAGCCUAGUUCUUUUUAUCUGCAGAUGCAACGAAGAGCGUCAGGUCACUAUGUGACAUCUGCAGUUGCCAGAAGCACAGUUUGUGCUCCUAAUUCAAUUCAAAAUGAAGUUAAGAAUACAGAGAUGGGUAAAAAAAUCUCAUCACCUGAUUUGACUUCUUUGGCUUUACAAAAAACAAGUAUUCCCUCUCCUCCUGCAGAUCAAGAAAAAGUUGAUGAUGGAAAAAUCAUUGAAUCUUCCACUUCUCCUGUUAAAAGCAAUAAGCCUUUAAAUGUUCCCUCCUGUCCUCCAGCACCACUGAAUCUAAGAACUCUCAGAAAUUUUGCAGCUCCAAAGCCAUACUCCAGCUCAAGACCAUCCCCUUUUGCUCUUGCUGUCUCAUCUGCCGUCAAAAGGUCACAAUCAUUCAAUAAGACGCGUACGAUCACUAGCCAGGCACCCAGAGAGGAAUUUCCAGUGGAACUCUCCUCUGUCCCUUUGGCAGCUGGAUUCUCCUCCGCUACCUCCAUGUCUGAAGUGAAAAGUCCUUCCUUACAGACCAUAACAGCAGGGUCACAAAAUAGUCUAAUGGAUAAGAAAGACAGCCAUGUGCAUAGUGAGCAGAAGAGUCAGGCGCAGUCAGGUGCUUCCCCUGACCACCCACGCCCUGUCACUAAGAGACAAACCGCGAUGACGCUCCCGCGCGCUGACCCCGAACAGAUCCACCAGAGCCUGCUGGCUGCAAUCCGCUCUGGAGAAGCUGCUGCCAAAUUGAAAAGGGUUGGUCCUCCAUCAAACACCAUAGCUGUCAAUGGAAGAGCCAGGCUUAAUCCUUUGUAUUCCACAGAAGCUAAGGCUAAUCCCUAGAUAUUAUACCAAAUAUUUUGCACUUUACUACUGCUUCGUAGGCCAACUUAAUACUAACUUCAAAUUUUUGAAAGUGUAAAUGCAAGUAUAUAUUAAUAUAUUUUUGUCAACAGUAAUAACAAUUUCAAGCUGGGUCUUUUGAUGCCUUGAAAAGAUUAUUAGAAUAUGUAAAUUAUAGUAAUAUUUUGCCUUUUUAUCUUUAUAAAGCUGACUAUGCUGCUAAAAUGUUUUAAGACGAGGUGUAGGUGAGCUUUGCUUAUGAUAGAAUGAGAAUUGAAAAUUCUUGAUUUUAGCCUUCAAGACUGAACAAUAUGUAGCACUAUGCUGAAAUUACAGAUUGGAAGAGACCUAAAAGGUUUAGAUUAAAUAAUUAAUUUUCGACUGUGUAUUACUUUAACAGAUUGUAUGAACUUAAAUAUACCACAUGCUGCCUCCAUAUUACUUUAUUAAAUUAAAAUUGUAAUUAGUAGAACUCUUAAUUGAAUGCAAUAUCUUGUUUCUGUCUAAAAAAAAAUUGAUGUUUUUGUUCCUUUAGCAGACAGUAAUUGGGAUAUGUAUUUGGAUUUUCUUUUUUUACUUUCCUGUAAUUGUUUUUCCUGGUAGCACACACACAAAAAAAUCAGGACAUAAAUUAUUGAAAACUUUUGUACUACUCAAAACCUUUUCUUAACAGUAGCGUGACAUGAUGUUUCUCAGCUACUCUUUAAAUAUCUGUAUAUAGUAUUUACCUAGGACUCAGAUAAGCAAUAAUUUUUGUGAAUUUAUUAUAUCUUUAAGUAACCAUCAACUUAUAAUCACUUACUAAUAAAAAACA